AUGGCAAGAUACAGCGAAAUUGAUGGCCUCGAGCAGGCCGUCAAAAACGCUCACAGAUGGGAUAUCCUCGAGCUCGAUAAGUACGGCAUUAUCUCAGCCCGCUGGAUUCCCACUGAGUCGACCAAAGGCCGAGACAUCUACUACAUCCUUUGCGUCUUCUAUUUCGUUCUGUCCCAAGAGCCUCUGGUUUCUCGUCUGACUAAAAUUCAACCCCUAAAUUUGAACAAGCCCCUCAAACCUCUCUCAGACUGGGUGGUCCGAUUCGCCAAAGAGAUCGGAAGCAGUAUGGACAAGCCUUCUUCGAUCAAUGAGGCUUGCAUAACGACAUUUCGAAACUCUCAACUCUUCCGUAUCGCGGCCCCCGACGAUGAUCAUAUCGUGACCUUCCCUGCUGAUUCUAUCUUCGCUGGAGCAUAUGCCAUUAGCGAAGAUUCCGAGGUGGUCCUGAAGAAGAAAGAGUGGAGGAUUGUGAAAGAGGAGGUGGUUCUAAAAAAUGUUCCGUGGAGAGUGAAGGACCUUCUCGGUACAUAUGGCGACGAACAGCUUCCCGAUGACAGCUCUCAAACAUAUGGGGAUGUCUUCAAAGAUGGACUCUGGACUCAUGUUUUCUUGAACUCCUUCGACUAUCACCGGCAGCAUGCCCCUGUGUCCAGGACUGUGGAAAUCAUCGAUGUCAUCGAAGGCGCGGCCUACCUCGAAGUUUUAGUCCAGACAGACGAGCAGGUCGGUCACAAUUAUCUGGAACUCUGCCGCCAGAUCUCCGGAAAACAAAGGACACCUUCCGGCAUCCGUACCCUUGACGCGCCCGACACUCCAGGCUACCAGUUCCUCCAGACUCGAGGGGUAGUGAUCAUCAACAAUGAGUACUUGGGUUGGGUUGCCGUACUUUCCAUUGGCAUGGCGAUGGUUUCUUCUGUUAACGUGAGAAAGGAGCUUCAAGCUCAAAGGAUCAAAAAGGGUGAAGAGAUUUCACAUUUCGCGUUCGGUGUCUCGGACUGCAUCAUUAUGUUUGAGCGCAAGGCGAGACAUUUCUUCUAUGGUGAAAAGUUAUGCAGGGCUUACUUCAAGCACAAAGAGCCUAAGUCCUUCGGAUCCCGUUUCGGGUUACCGUCUAGAUAA